AUGUCGAACGAGCUCUCCGCCGUCCAGCAGGCCGCCCCCGCUCUCGAUAAGAGGCGCUCCCGCUCCACAGACUCCUUCCCCGACAAGGAGGGCGCGGCACACGUACACGACUCAGAGGCACAGCCAGACAGGGACGAGGAGAGCACAUCCUGGUUCUCCCGCCAUCACCUCCUCGUCCACCGCGUCGUCCUCAUCUCCCUCGCGGCCUUGAUUCUUGGCUGGUGGGUGUCCGCGACCAUCCUCACCGCGACCCGCCAUCGAUGGAUCGUCCAGACGCUCUUCGCCUGGUUCUUCCUCGCUAUCAUCGCCUUCCGCUUCAUCCCCAACUCUGCUGUCACCCGCCCAGUAGAGGCCUUCUGGGUCCCCGUCGUCCAAAAGCCCUUCUUCGCCCUGCCCCGCUUGGUCCGCCUAGCUAUGGGCUGGGGCGCCCUGCUCGCCAUCGUCUUCGGCUCUGCCUUUGGCUUCAAGGUGACCGGUAACACCAACUACGGUGAUCGCGCCAUCUCCGUCCUUGGGCUUUUCCUCUUCCAGCUCGGAUUCUACGCGUCCUCGAAACAUCGGUCCCACAUCGAGUGGCCCACCGUGAUCGUGGGACUCUUCAUGCAACAGGCCGUCGCACUCUUCGUAUUGAAGACCUCUGCUGGUUUCUCCAUCUUCAAGUGGUUGGCCACCCUCGCUUCCGACUUCCUGUCUCAGGCCUAUGUCGGCGCCGCCUUCUUCUUUGAUGCUGAGACCGUCGCCAAGCACUGGUUCUUCGUCAACACGCUUUCCGCAGUGAUCUUCUUCAUUGCCUUCGUGCAGAUGAUGUUCUACCUCGGAGUCAUGCAAUGGAUCGUGAAGAACUUUGCCUGGUUCUUCUUCAAAACGAUGAAUGUCUCUGGCGCAGAGGCCGUCGUCGCCGCCGCAUCACCCUUUAUCGGCCAGGGCGAGUCUGCGUGUCUCGUCAAGCCCUACGUCGAUCUCAUGACCGAGUCCGAGCUCCACCUCACCAUGACCUCCGGGUUCUCAACCAUUGCCGGUUCCGUGUUCACGGCGUACGUCGCGCUCGGCGUGCCCGCGCAGAACUUGAUCACAUCCUCUGUCAUGAGUAUCCCCGCGUCUAUUUCGAUCAGCAAGGUCCGCAUGCCGGAGCUUGAGGAGCCUGUCACGCGCGGCCGUGUCGUCGUUGAUCGCGGUGUCGAGAAGGAUGCUCCUGCGAGCGCGUUGCAUGCGUUCUCCAAGGGCUCCGUCUUCGGUCUUAUUGUUGCGGGUCAGAUCUUGUGUAACGUGUUGACCAUCCUGGCGCUCAUCGCUACCCUCAACGGCCUUCUCACCUGGAUUGGCCGUGGUUUUGGUAUCCACCAUCUCACGCUCCAGCUCAUCCUCGGAUACAUCGGAUACCCCGUCACUUUCCUCCUCGGUGUUCCCCGUCCAGAGAUCCUCCGUGUCUCCCAGCUCCUCGCCACGAAGCUCAUCGAGAACGAGUUCGCCGCUUACCUCGAGCUCCAGGCGAUCCAGGCGAGCAGCAAUCCACUGACCGACCGCGCGUUCACGAUCACGUCGUACGCGCUCUGCGGCUUCGCGAACCUGUCCUCGCUCGGCAUCCAGAUCGGCGUGCUCACCGCGCUCGCGCCGACCCGCAGCAAGAUCAUCGCGCGCAGCGCCAUGUCUGCCAUGAUCUGCGGCUUCUUCUCCACGCUCCAGACCGCCGGUAUCGCUGGUAUGCUGGUAUGAUCGAUCCCCUUACGCGGCGUCGUCCUUGCUCGGAUCUAUGUUUCCCCCGGCGUUUCUUUUCUCUUCUUGGGUAGAUUAUGGCUAUUUGUGCGCUAGGGGGUGUGUACUAGCUUAUUGUUGUAGGCGCGCGCGCGCGCCGGCGUGUCCCGUCGGAUGUCUUGCAGGGAUGUGGUGCGGCGCGGCGCGGUGGUGUUGCAAUACGGUAUGUACGUAGCGUGGGUCGCUACUAAUGCCCAGGGCUGUGCUUCGGUGUAGGAUAAGUGGCCCCGACGCGGGUUUAUGAUCGGCCUCCUUUCUCCCUGUCGACGCGAAAGUCGGCCGACCGACGCAGCGUGUCACGGCGGCGGAUUUGAUUUCGGAGUGAGGCCGGAAGGCGAAAAACAAUUACGACGGCCGUAGAUAUCUGGCGUCGAAGCGUUUGUGCAGGUUUAUUCGUGGCUUGCUGUUGACUGAGUACUGGGCUCGGAGCUCCUUCAAUCCAAUUCUCCGAGUGCUCUAUCGACAGACAGCCG